AUGAAGAUCCCGUUCAUUUCCCGCCGUCGGAAGGAUUCGGAGCUCGAGACGACCAACACUCUCACCGGCCGACCGCCCUUCUUGCUCGGCUUGCGAUCGGUGAGGACACUCCCAGCCGGCUGCAACGCUGUCGCAAAGACGCCAGACUCGUCUGACCGACUCCGUGAACCUCUAUUGCUCCCCACAGUCAACACCGUAUAUCGCACUGACAGUCGGCGUCGGCGUGCUCGUUGAUCUGAGUGGCUACGGUCUCGUCGUCCCCGUCGUCAGUCUCCGAGGCUGGCUUUGACGCGAGCUCGGCUGCGGACCUGCGGUGGCUCGAUCGCAAGCCUUACGAUUCGAUCCCAUCCUACCAUGUCCACCACAGGUACCAUUCAGGCUGGAAGCGCUAGGGUAUGACAAUGUCGGAUCCAAGACGGGGUGGCUCGUCGCGGCCUACGCUGCAGGUCUGAUCGUCUCGUCUCCGCCGAUCGCUUACGGUCAGUCUCUUCUUGAGCACUGCCCCGGGCGCCUUUGCAAAUUCUGCCAAAAACGGUCAAUGGGAUCAUCACACGCAGUGAAUGUUUUGUAACACGUGGUUGACCCUCCCUUUUUUCACUAAUUCCUCCUUUGCGUUGCAUCGACUCCUCAACCCAACAGUCGGCGGCCGGUUCAAGGACAAGCGUACACCGCUCCUGAUAGCUCUCGGAUUCAUGGCAGCUGCCGUUGUGCUAUUCAUGGAAACAUCCUCGUACUCUGCCAUGCUCGUCAGUCGUGUGUUACAGUAAGUCGUCUUUGAUUCGGCGUUCGCUUAGCUUGCCCGAGAACAAAGUACUGACGAGAAGCGGAACGUCACACCGAGCACAGGGGUAUCUCCGGAACAGGGAUUUGGACGUUGGGCCUGGCGCUUGUAACCGACUCCGUACCAGAAGCCAGAGUGGGCAUCAUUAUGGGAUAUGUCAUGGUCGGGUUCACAGUCGGUCAGCUCAUCGGACCCCCCGUCGGUGGUGUGCUUUACGAACGGAUGGGCUACCGGGCACCAUUCGUCUUCGCCCUGUGUCUGAGUACGUCGAGUUGCGCUAUGUUGUCGUCAUCGGCUUCUUUCGACGAUCCACCUCUUUGUAUGAAAACUAACAUGGUUUUACUGUGCACACUCCGUAGUCUUUGUUGAUUUCGUCCUUCGAUUGUUCGUCAUCGAGAAGCGAACGGCGCUGAAAUGGAUCCGAGCCGGCAGGAUAGACCUACCCAACUUUGAGGCUCCUGGCUACACCAACCCCAAUGAGAAGACGACCGAGGAAGCGAAGGCAGACGGACAGAUCUUGCCUGGUCAGGAGGUGAGGCCCGUCAUCGCUGAUGGUUCUCGGCCGGCGUCAAUUGAUUCGGCUGGGGGUGUGGAGAAGGGACAAGCAGAGGAGUCGGAGCGGAAACCAGCUACGGAACUCGGCCCUUGGGCGGCGUUGAAGAUCAUGACGACAUCGAUGAGGCCAGUCACGCUAUUUGCUUUGACACUGUUGAACGGUAUCACCCUUGGUGGUCUGCUGGGUCAGUUCAAACGCUUUCUAUGUUUGCCGCUGCUCGUCUCCUGACGGUUUCUCGUACUGACCUGUCUCGAUCAUCCGAAUCCAGACACGGGAAUGACUCUCCAUCUCAACGACAUUUACGGCCUCGACUCUCUUGGCGCAGGACUGGUCUUUAUCGGCCUAAUCGUCCCCAGCUUCGUCGCUUCGCCGUUCGCGGGGUGGGCCAGUGAUCGCUACGGCGCCAAGGGCAUUGCGACGAUCGGCAUGCUGCUCACGUUCCCGGGUUACCUGCUCCUCAUAAUCAACGGUCCCCUUCCCCUCACCGUCUUCUUCCUCGUCAUCCUCGGCUUUGCCUUGUCCUUUUUCCUUACCCCCGUAACGCAAGAUCUUUCAGUCGUGGUGCAGAACACCCCCGGACUUGUGAGUGUUACUGUCGUGGAUCGUCGAUGCAGCCGUCAGCCUGUUUCUGAUUUCAUGUGUCUGUUGCACCCUUCAAGCCUUCUACGUACGCCUACGGCGCUUUCAACAUGAUGUACUCGAUCGGCUCGUUCAUUGGUGAGUCUUCCGCGAUCUCGCCUACGUUUUGGGGGGCCACUUCUGCACCGAACUUAGCCGAAUCCUCUCAUUGUGAAUCUCCUGCAGGCCCCAUCAUCACGGGUCAGAUCAUCGAAGGGCUUGGUAUCCGCAAGGGAUGGAUCGUUACGGCCAUCAUCUGCGCCGUCCUAUCGGCGGUGCUUACACCCUUCACCGUGAUCUACGUUGGCGGGAUGUGCACGUGGUUCGAUCGGUUCAAGAAGUCGUCCACGCAGCAGACUUCGGCGGCGAGUGACGCCACUACCGUACAGGUCUAG